AUGCUCCCCUUCAACAUCACAGACUCUAUGACAAGAGUACCUCUAUCGGUGGACUUUAACAAUCCUGAAGAUUAUUUUAUCUUUAUUUUCCAGAUUUUAUUUGCAACAACUACUGUUCUCAUAGCCGGACCUGUAGUCAUUACCAUAUUGGCCACCAGAGCUCUCCGCCUCCAAAACAGGUUCAUUUUCAUGCUAAAUACUAGCAUUUGUGAUACGUUGGUUGGGUUUUCUGUGUAUUAUCUCGGCUUGUUUGAUGUUCAGGAGGGAUAUCCGUCUAGAAAUGGAACGUAUAACAUUUUACCAUCACUUCUAGGGGUCAAUAUAUUGACGUUUUUGUUUGCACAGUUUGACCGGUAUUUUGCUGUGUGCCAUCCAUUCAUCUACAGUCGCUUCAUAACAAGACAGUUUGUGAUAGGCAUUAACAUCUACUGCUGGGUUUACAAUGUUGCUCACUUGAUCACCAGGAAUUUGUUGCCACUUUCCAAAGCCAUACAAAUGUACGUAUUCAGCAUUGUCAUCUUUCAGCUAAUCGUGCUCACCAAAGUGGUCAUGACUGUUAAACUGUAUGUUAUUGCCAGAUUCCAGCUUGCCAGAGACCCUCCCAGUGCCGACAAAGACAGCAAGAAGGAGUCAUUGAGAAUCAUUAUUUUUGUUGUCAUAAGCUUCUUAGUGUUGUGGUGUCCCUCUUUUAUUAAUAUUAUCAUCAGAUUUGUGGUAGGAGGAGGGCUGACGUUUAGGAACGAGGCCACCAAUCUUUUCGCCAUCAUGGCUCGUUUUAACUCUGUGUGCACACCGUCUGUGUAUAUCUGGGGGAGUCCGGCUCUCAGGGAAGCCAUGGUGAGGACAGUGUGGGGCAGACUGUGCCCAAGAUGCAAGAGGAGAGUCGGCUCCUGUCAUGGGAAGGGAAAUGCCAAAAAGUGAUGGAAAUACCGAGAACCUACAGACUCCAUACAGCACAUUAUUCUUAUCAACUGUGUGUUUUUGCCAUCUCUCUCUCUGAAUAAUGAGUUUCCAUCACUGGAUCUUACCAGGUCAUCUUAACGUUUCAUCUGAAUUAGCGGUUGAUUCAGUGUCCUGAUAAUGAUCCCACACCCAAACAGCUAUUCAUGUUAAAUAUCAAACUAGUGCUGUGCUCUGAGAAGUAGUAGGCUAUACAGUAGCAUUUUUUUCACGUGUGUUUGGGCAUGGUAUAUUACCUAUACGUUUCUUUCUAUGUUACUAUAAGCAGUGUUGCUGUCCAUGUUGUGUGGUGCUGAAUCGGCCUAUUUCAAAAGUCAGUUUGAGGGGGAA